AUGGCGGCGCGGAGCAUCCGUCACUAUGGCUCCAGCGAGCAGUACCUCUACGCCAUGAAGGAGGACCUGGCGGAGUGGCUGAGGGACCUGUACGACCUCGACAUCCAGGUGGGCACCUUCAUGGAGGUGCUGGAGACGGGGGCCGUGCUUUGCUCCCACGCCAACAACGUCACCCAUGUGGCCGGGGAGUUUGCCCGCGCCUACCCUGGGGUGGCCUGCCACCUCCGCCUGCCCACCACCGGCGUCACCUGCAACCUCACGGCACAGCCAGGCACCUUCCAGGCCAGGGACAACGUCUCCAACUUCAUCCAGUGGUGCAGGAAGGAGAUGGACAUCCAAG